UUUGAAAGAGAACUAAAACAUCAAGUCUAAAACUAAGCGGGUUCUGCAACAUCUACCCUAACCCAACCCUUCAUUAAACACAUUCCUUUAUUGUUCGAAGAAUAUGAAAGGAUUAUAAGUAUUAGACUAGCACAGAAAGAAAGGAAGGUCACUCUUGUAACCCCAUUAGACAGAGAGAGCAAAAAGGUGAAUAUAUAAUUAGAAAAGUGCGCCAUCAAACAGAUGGUAAUAAAAGAAGCACAUCAACAAAAAGUAAUAAAAGAAAGCCUGUUGCCUCCCCCUCUUUGUUCUCUUUUAAAAACUCGCUCUUGUAAGCACAAUAUUCAGAAAAGAAAAAGUCCCUAAAGAUCAUCAUCACCAUCACCAUCAUUCCUACACUUCUUCAAACCCCAAGAUCUCAAAAUAGCUUAAAGAACAUUCAAGAAGAAAGUAGAAACAAAACACACCCACAUACACGCACACAAUGAAAGGUACUAGAAGAGGGAAAGGACCUCCUUCAGCAGAUCUUUUAGUAUGUUUUCCAUCAAGAGCACAUUUAACCCUUAUGCCAAAACCAAUAUGUAGCCCAGCAAGACCUUCAGAUUCCACCAAACGCCACCACAAUCACGACCUCAAGAAAAUUAGCACCAGGAUUGGUGGUGUUCAAGCCCAAUCUAGUCCUCUACUUUGGUCAAAAUCCAAGAAUUCUGAGAUUAUUUCAGAGCCCACUUCCCCAAAAGUCACUUGUGCAGGGCAGAUAAAGGUAAAGCCAAAGCAGGGUAAAUCAUGCAAGAAUUGGCAAUCAGUGAUGGAAGAAAUAGAGAAGCUACACAACAGAAAGUCUCAAAAGAAAAAAGGUGCCAAUUGGAUGGAAGCAAUUGGAAUCAAGAAAGAUGUAAUGCAAUUCUUGACAUGUCUUCGUAACAUAAGGUUUGAGUUUCGAUGCUUUGGUUCAUUUCCAACAACAGCUCAUGACAUCACUUCUGACGAGGAUGAGGAUGAAGAAUUAAAUCGAGAAGCGAAUCACACACAUAGAGAUAUAAAUAAUAAUGACGAAGAUGAAGAUGAAGACGAAGAAGCUUCAAGAACUGUAUUCUCCAAAUGGUUCAUGGUUUUGCAAGAUGAAAACCCGAAAACUGAGCUCACUAAAGAGCGCGGUAAUGAUAAUGAUGACGAUGAUAAUGUUCCUAAUUGUGUGCCACCACCUAAUGCACUUUUACUCAUGCGUUGUCGUUCUGCUCCCCCGAAAAGCUGGCUUCAAGAAACACAACAACAAGUUGAAGAGGAAAGUGAAGAAGAAGAAAUGGAAGUAGAAUCAACAAUGGAAGAAAUGGAAAACAAGAAGAAAAACGAAAACUUAGUAGUGAUGAGAUAUGGGAGUGAUUUCCACAGAUUUUCUUCAGAUAUAGCAAAGGAGACAUGGGUUGUAGGUGGUGUUAGAGAUCAAUUAUCUAAAAGUCGAAGUUGGAAAAAAUAAUUAACGCCAUAUACAACACGUCAGUUAAGGAAUUUCAGCCUUCCAAAUAACAGUGUUAUAAAGGUUGUACCUAUGAACCAAGUCCUAAUAGACACAAAGAAAGAGCAAUAGGUCGGACCAGCUUACGAGAUCAACUUCAUGCUUAUUGUUUUUUUCACUUAUAUAAUUUCUGCAUAUAGCAUUAUAUAUUGUUCUGGUGUUUGGAAUUGUUAAUUAUGUUGAAUUUGUGUUGGUGUUCUAAACUCUGAAGAAUCGAGCUUUUGGCAUUUGAUUCUUGGGAGUGUGGAACAGUUGUGUAUACUCUUCUAAAGAUUUUCUUUUUGUUCAAUUUAUUUUUGUAUUUUGUUGUUUCAUUGACCAAUGUAUGUAUUUUAGAGAAGGAUUAUAAAAUUAUUUUCUGAC